AUGGGGGUAGUCCGGACGAUAGCGCUGGUGAUUCUCAGCAUUUCCUUCGUGGUCUUCGUUGCGCUCUUUGGCCGGCUUCCAGCCUUCAGACGAACGCCGAUCGCUUUCUUGCAUCGCUUACUGUGGCAUCACAUCCCCAAUGGAGUUAUUUUCGUCGAUCAGAAACUCUCGGGCCGGAGGCUUACGCGCGGCUUGUCGAGGUUGGGCAAUUAUCUGAUGAAUGAGGCUCAUCCGGUUGUUCUUAUAUUCUUCGUCACCUUGCAGGUCGCGGGAGAACUGCUGUUUAUACCGUCGGCGUGGAAUCGACUUACGACGCUACAGACAAUCACGAUCCCGGUGCUCGUGGUCGCGCCUUACUGGUGUCUAUAUCUGUCGGCAACGACGAGUUCCAACAUCACUGCGGGAAACCAUCGGAAGGCAAUGCUGGCUUAUCCUUACGACUACUGCCUCUUCCACCCUGGAUACUACUGUAGCACGUGUCGGUUUCCGAAACCAGCGCGGUCGAAGCAUUGCUCGCUGUGUAAAGCGUGUGUCCAGAAGCAGGACCACCACUGCAUCUGGAUCAACAAUUGCGUCGGCCGCAACAACUACAUCUGGUUCAAUCUGCUGCUGCUGACGAUUGCGGCAUUGCUCGCCUAUGCCGCCACGCUGGGCCAUACGCUGCUCGACGCACAGUUACAGGAAAGAUUGGUGCCGUCGGCGCUCACGAGAGGCAGUUUCACGGCGAAGCGCUGGAGCACACGGCUUACGUGGACGCAGUGGGCGAACAUGUGGGCGUGGGCGAUUGGCGUGGACUGGCAGAUCGGGGCGGUCAUGAUGCUGUGCAUGAUGAGCUGUCCACUCGCAUUGGGGUUUCUCAUCUACCACAUCUACCUCAUGUGGGCGGGCAUGACAACCAAUGAGAGUGCCAAGUGGGCGGAUUGGAAGGAAGACGUCCAGGAUGACAUCGUCUGGCGCGCCGAGGUGCAGAGGUUGCGCGAGACAUAUCCCAGGCUGCCGUCGGACGUGGAGCCUGAAGACCGGCUUGUCCAAUGGCCCCAGGAUGUUCGGGCCAAGUGGUGGAUGGUCAGGACGAGGGAUGGUGAGCAGCCGACUUUCAAGAAGACGGGCAGUCAGAUCCAGGAUGAUACUGAGGCUUCUGAUGUACCGGAUGAGCGAUGGAUGCGGGUGAGGUCGAUGAGGGAAGUGGACAAUCUCUACGACCAAGGGUUUUGGACGAAUUUUGUUGAUGGCAUGUUCAAUAGAGAAUAG